UCGCGAGAGGUGCGCUUGAAGCUGCUUCCGCCAUCUUGAAGAUGGGAGGCGGGCGAGAGCUGUGGUCUUUCCGCUAAUGCAAACCAGAAAACGGACCCAGUAGUGCCCCAGAGCGGGGGACCACCAGCACUGUCACCGCCAGCCAAAGCUACAGAAACAACGCGGAGUCCAGGGCCGAGCGUGGCGGCAAGGCGAGUCCCCUCCCCUGCCUCCUGGGCGGCUGGCGCCGAGGGCUGAGGUCCGGAAGGAUGGUGCAGUCUUGCUCCGCCUACGGCUGCAAGAACCGAUACGAUAAAGAUAAGCCUGUCUCUUUCCACAAGUUUCCUCUGACUCGACCCAGUCUUUGUAAGCAAUGGGAGGCAGCUGUCAGAAGAAAAAACUUUAAGCCCACAAAAUACAGCAGUAUUUGUUCAGAGCACUUUACUCCAGACUCCUUUAAGAGGGAGUGCAACAACAAGCUACUGAAAGAGAAUGCUGUCCCCACAAUCUUUCUCUGUACUGAGCCACAUGACAAGAAGGAAGAUCCUCUGGAGCCAGAAGAGCAGCUUCCCCAGCCUCCCUCAUCUCCUGCUUCCCAGGUUGAUGCGGCCAUUGGGUUACUAAUGCCUCCUCUUCAGACCCCUGAUAACCUGUCAGUCUUCUGUGACCACAACUACACUGUGGAGGACACCAUGCACCAGAGGAAAAGGAUUCAUCAGCUAGAACAGCAAGUGGAAAAGCUUAGGAAGAAGCUCAAAACUGCCCAGCAGAGGUGCAGAAGACAAGAGAGACAGCUGGAGAAACUGAAGGAAGUUGUACACUACCAGAAAGAGAAAGAUGAUGCAUCAGCAAGGGGUUAUGUGAUUCUGCCACAUGACUUCUUCGAGAUUGUUGAAGUACCAGCAUAAAAAAUGUAUUGGUUUUUAGGGGGACAAGACCACAUACCCUGUUUUAGCCUAAACGGGAGUUUUAUUUGAAAAAAAAAAAAAAAAGCCACUUGAUUACUUGUAUAAAA